AUGCGAAAAUAUCUCGUCAUAUUAAUCCUCUUCAGUACUUUUGGAAGCACUGUUUUAUCCAAUCCUUCACCGGCUGAAAAAUAUUAUAAAAGUGCCACUGCCUACCAUGAUCUCGGAGAAUUCGAGCAAGCUAUCUCCGAAUACAGAAAAGCCAUCGCGCUUGAUCCAAAUUCCCCUAUCAUUUACAACAGGCUCGGUAUCGCAUACUCCGAGUUGAAACAAUACGAUGCAGCACUUGAUGCUUAUCAGAAGGCAAUUGAUUUGUCUUCUAUGACUGCUGAACCGCACUAUAACAUUGGUGUGGUUUACCUCAAGAAGGGGGACUUUCCUCUCGCUGCUGAGGCGUUUAAACGUGCGAUUGCUGUUGAUGCAGAAUGGGGAGAUCCCUACACAGGACUUGGUGAAGUCUACUUGAAACAGGGUAAUUUUGAACGGGCGACACUCGCCUAUAAAGAAGCCUCACGCCUCAAUCCAAAAGAUGCUGGUGCCAUUUUGGGAUUAAGUAAAGUAUCUCUAAAACAGGGACGCUUGGAUGAGGCGAUUACCGCUAUUGAGAAUGUGAUUGAAAUUCAGGUGGAUAAUACAGAAGCGCACUACCAACUCGCUCAGAUUUACGUCAAACGUGGUGAAACGGAAAAGGCUGCCGCAGCGAUGGCGUUUUUUAAAGUCCUCAGUCAGACGGAUCCGCUCCUUGAGAAAGCCGAAAUGUGGGUGAAAAGGCACCCCAAUGACGCAAGAGGCUAUAACAAUCUUGGUAUCGUUUACCUUGCACGCCACCGCUUUAAGGGUGCGAUAGCCAACUAUAAACACGCCAUCUCGCUUGCACCUGAUUUAGCGACUGCACAUUACAACUUGGGGCAUGCUUACCAUAAACAGGGAAAAGUCAAACUCGCGAUUGCGGCGUAUCAGCAGGCUCUUGAUGUAGAUACGGAACUCGCGAUUGCGCAUAAUAAUAUCGCGGUCUGCUAUACCGAAUUGAAGGUGGACCUGGACAAGGCACUCUUUCACGCGCGAACCGCUGUCCGUCUUGCACCGACUGAGGGAAAUUAUUGGGAUACGCUCGCUCAAAUUUGUGACGCACUUGGGUUGGAAAAUGAAGCACAACGUGCGCGUGAGAAACAGGAAGAGUAUUCCGGCAACAAUGAGAUGCCUCUAUUUAUGUUGUUAUCUUCUUCACUCUGA